AUGGCUGGCCAAAACUACGCUUACUGUACUCUGAUCACUCGGUCGUCGUAUCUCGCCGGUGUGCUGAUUCUGGCUCACACUUUGGCUAAAUACAAGAGCUCAUAUCCUCUCAUCGUUCUCUACACGGACACGUUGUCUGCUCCUGCCGUACGCGCAUUAGAACUCGAAGCCCCUCACAGUAACCUCAUACUCCACCGUGUCGAAGCCUUACUGCCACGCAAGAACGUCCAUGUUCACCUUAUCGCCGAACGCUUCGCCGACACCUGGACAAAGCUAAGGGUCUUCGAGCUGUACAAGCUUGACAACUACGACAAGAUAUGCUAUCUCGAUGCAGACAUGAUCCUACGCAGGAACAUGGACCAUGUCUUUGACAAGCAGCUACCUGCCAACGACUGGAUAGCUGCCAACCAUGCUUGUGUCUGCAACCUUGACAAGGACGUCUGGGCCCCGGAAGACUGGACGAAAGAGAACUGUGCCUAUACUGCUGUGUCCCACCCAGGCGCCCUUGACCACCCUACCCCUAUCACACCAGACUCGCGAGGCACCUACCAUCUUCUCAACAGCGGCAUGUUCCUCUUUGUCGCCUCGGAGCAGCUCUGGGACCGCAUGAUCGACUUCUUCAACACCACUCCUCUGCUGGGUGAGUUCAAGUUCCCCGACCAAGACUUCCUGGCCGAGUUCUUCAAGAACAAAUGGAUGAGCGUCGGCUGGCAGUUCAAUGCUUUGAAGACCAUGCGUUACUGGCAUGAGAACAUUUGGAGGGACGAGGAGGUCGUCUGUCUUCACUACAUUGUCGACAAGCCUUGGGCCAAGCGUGUGACCGAAAACGGUGUGGCUGGAUACCUCGGUCGCGAUGGCGAGACCCAUACCUGGUGGUGGCAAGAGUACGAGGACUGGUACCAACAACGCAAAAGUCAAAACGAGUCGGAAGAGCUGGAGAUUGCAGUCAAGCACGUUGCUAAGCCCAUUGGUCAGGAAGACCAAGAAUCAGACGAGAUGCGUGCCAUCGGCAGUGGUGUCCAAUCUUUCGCAAAGAACAAGAAGCCUGGUCAAAUCAAAGAGGAGGAAAAGACACAAGAUGUCGACGGUGACAAGGAAGAUGGGGCCCUCCCUCAACCACAGAUCCCUGCCCCUCACGAGCUGAAUGGCAAGCGUCUGGGUGAAAGAGGACAUGGUCCUAGAGCUCGUGGUUGA